CGAUUCCAAUGUACUCCGUAUAGAUUCGCAUAAAUUCGGCGUCUCCGGGCGCUCUCCAAUGAAGCCUCCCUUCCCCUCUCCCCCAAAAAACAACACAAGCUUGCUACCAGUCCCCUGGCGCCAACUUAAAUAAACAGCCAAUUGUUCAGCAUACUCUGUACGGAGUACAAAAUAACAAGUUGAGCCUUAGACUUGUGCCAACGUUCCCAUCAGGAGUACCCGGCAUGGCACCCCCAAGAAAGCAUUCUAAAAUCAAAGGCUCGAUUUUCGGUGUGGCCGUAGUCGACGCUCUUGGAGGACCAGUAGAGUUUCACCGGAGAGGAAGCUUCGCGAAGGUUACCGGCUAUCGGCACAAUGCAAACUUCGGCGUACCUCCAGGCACUUGGACCGAUGAUACCUCAAUGACCCUGUGCCUUGCACAGGCACUCAUUGAUUCCAAAGGCACUUUUGUUUCCCAGGCAGCUAUCCGAAACUAUAUAAAAUGGUGGAAAGAAGGGUACUUAUCAUCAACGGGGUACUGCUUUGAUAUUGGUGCAGGAACGGCAUCUGCGCUUGGGAUAUGGUUAAGAUUUUUCCAACGGAGACGAGCUAGCAUUCGUGAAGAUGAUCCAGACGCAGACAAUGAUGAACAGCCAGAAAUCGAUCGCGCACUCAAGCGCGAGAUAUUUUGCGGUAAUGGGUCACUGAUGCGGGUGUCGCCCGUCGGGCUUGUUUAUUCGCACGAUCUCGAUCAGGCUCUCUCUGUAGCCUUGCGUUCUUCUAUGGUGACUCACCCUUACCCGACUUGCGCAGAAUGCUGUAUGCUAUACACCAAACUCAUCGUGUGUGCCGUGAAUGGUGGCACCAAGGAGGAUAUUGCCCAAGAAUUCGCCAGCACUCCGUUCAACGAUCAAAAUGUGCGGCUGCGGUUCCUGAAGUACACCGGCCUUACAGAUUGGAUGGCCACAGAAGAGCGCACUAUAGAGUCUACCGGAUUCGUGAUUUCGACAUUGGAGGCAGCGUUGUGGAGUUUCUUCACUACAAGUUCGUUCCAGGAGGGCGCAUUAAGAGCGGUGAAUUUGGGACAUGAUGCUGAUACUGUAGGUGCCGUGUAUGGAGGGCUGGCAGGAGCAUUCUACGGGUUUGAGUCUAUCCCCGCAGAAUGGCUCGAAGGACUACAGAGAAAGGAUAUCAUCGAGGAAAUAUCUUCUGGUCUUGUUUCUCUUAAUGUUGAAGCAGGUAUGGCAUCGUCCUGUUAACAGUUAUUUACGAAGAUGACAUACAUGAACUCCUGUAUAAGAUAAUAUCAACAAUAAAAUACAUAUCAGUGCUAACAUGUGUG